AUGGACUGCUCGAGCACUCCUGACGACGGAAUAGUCGACUGCCGGUACAGGCGCCUGUCUGAGUCAGAGGCAACAAUCACGUAUGAACUGUCGACAGCAGCUGCUAAGGCGAAUUUCUGGUGCCUCUUCCGAGGUUCUAGUUCACAUUUCUUGUUGGAUUUAGACCGUUUGGCACUUGGUGGACCUCGGAGCCAAGUUACUGAGGCAUGUCUCUGUGUGAAGAGCCUCGCAGAGACCUACAGACCCAAGCACCUGGCCGUCACGAGGGGACGCAGAACGCGUUGGGGCAACACGGUCUACCCCCACUACAAGCUUCCAUUGACCGACCCCACACCGAGACGCAAACCUCUCGCCUUGAUGUCCCACUUUCCCUCCUUUCACUCACCCCGGUCCCCCACCGACGAGGAGGUGGCAGAAGAGGUGAUCUAUGAUGAUGCACAUCAGUCCAACAUUUAUCCAAGCGAAGGCAAAUCAUCGUCACAGCAGAUCCCGGCCUAUGAUGGUUGCGUGCCUGAAUUUCCCGGCUCGCACGGCACAGGACAAAAGUGCAUUGUUGACAAGGACGGAUUGGUUUACGUAGCCAUGGGACGCGUCUCUCAGACAUCUCAACAGUUACGAAGAACUUCCGCGGGUUCAAAAGGCACACUGACCACUUUCCUGCCGGACGCCAUUCCUAAAAUUACUGACCGACUUCACGGUUUAAGCAAUUCGUCUCGUUUGGAAUCACUUCCACUUCAAAAUAAAUCCCUGUCUUCGUGGAAACCAGGUGGAGAAACUAGUGAUGAAAUCCCAAAGGUAAAAUGA